AUGCUCACGCAAGAAUACAGGGUUGCGGCAGAGACAUUUGGUGUCACCGAGACACCUGUUCACCGAUGUGAACUUAAGACAGAGGCACCUGAGCAGUCGGACACCCCCAGUAUAGAGGUGGUUUCAGUGACGGAGGAAGACCUCCCCACUGUUGAGACCCCCAACACACUGAACGUCAGCCCCCUGGGCGACUUUGCUACUUACUCUGAAUUGGAAAACGGAUCUGCCAAUCUCGAAGAGCCCCAACAUCUGGCUGCACCCAGCGCGACCAUGCCAAUCACCAAGGUGCAGCCAUUUAUGCACGAGGAUGACUUGGAGAAAAGCUGGAAGAACAGAGUGCUGGCCCACCGCUUGGAGCUGCUGAUCGCUUUGUGCCUCAUCGUGGUGGUCUCUCUCGUUCUCGGCAUCGGCCUUGGAGUGGGUUUAAGCUGUGUGGGGAAGUUUCGUUGUGGUUCAUCCCCUAAAUGCAUCAGGCCCUUGUCUCAGUGUGAUGGAGAGGUGCACUGUGACAACGGAGAGGACGAGCUGGGCUGUGUGCGUCUGAGUGGGAGGAGCUCGGUCCUGCAGGUCCAGAAAGGGGGAGUAUGGAGGACGGUGUGCUCAGAGGGCUGGAACAACUGGCUGGGGGUUUCUGCCUGCAAGCAACUGGGAUACUCCAGGUACGUGGAGUCAUUCUUUGUCUCUCUGAACUCCAUUGAGCAGGACCUUCAGUCCAACCUGGUGUCCAUCAACCUGAACCAGACACAGAUCAUUAAGAUCCAGAACGCCACAGCCUUCAGUAAGACUGAGUGCAGCUCAGGGAAGGUGACCACUCUGAAAUGUCUGGAGUGCGGUUCCAGGCCCCAGUACUACACUCGUAUCGUUGGAGGAAACAUCUCCAAGCCGGGUCAGUUCCCCUGGCAGGUCAGCCUCCAUUUCACUAGUGUUCACGUGUGCGGAGGCUCCAUCAUAGCGUCCCGCUGGGUCCUCACUGCUGCACACUGUGUGUAUGGGUUUGCAGACCCCUCCAUGUGGGCGGUGCAUGUGGGGCUGACGGAGCAGCCGGUCAACGGUGCUCAGUCUCUGGCUGUGGAGCAGAUCAUAUACCACGCUCGCUACAAGCCCAAAAGACUGGACUACGACAUUGCACUGAUGAAACUGGCCACGCCACUUGCCUUCAAUGGCUUCGUCGAGCCCAUCUGCCUGCCAAACUAUGGGGAGGAGUUUGAGGAGGGCACUGUGUGCUGGAUCUCCGGAUGGGGAUCAACUGAGGAUGAAGGACAGACCAGUGUGGUUCUGCGCUCAGCCAUGGUGCCGCUUCUCUCCACUAAGACCUGCAACCAGCCAGAUGUUUACCAGGGCUUCAUCAACUCCUGGAUGAUCUGUGCAGGAUACCUGGAGGGAGGAACUGACUCCUGCCAGGGGGACAGUGGAGGUCCUCUGGCCUAUGAGGACUCGUCUGGUUGGAAGCUGGUUGGUGCGACCAGCUGGGGAAAUGGCUGUGCUUUGAGGAACAAGCCAGGUGUUUACACUCGCAUUACACAGGCACUCAGCUGGAUCCGCCAACAGAUGGAGAGAGAAGAGGCUCCCAAUUCUCCAACUCUGAGCAAGGACAACUGAAACACUUAGCUACUUCUCACAGGAUUAUGUAUAAUGUUUCCACAUUUGACAAAAACAAAAUAGAAAUAAACCAUCACACCAGAAUGGCAAAGCCCUUGAUCUACACAAAUCCUGUUUGGGUGCAAAGCUGACGGAGGAAAGAGACAGGCACAGCA